UUAAAAUUUUGCCUGUUGUUACCAAUCCUUAUGAGAAACAAGACAAAGGUUUUUUUGGGUUUUUUUUGCAUUUUAGUUUGUAAUAAACGGCUUGUCCUAGGUGGCUUGCAAUGCAGCUAAUGGGAACACUCCAUUCUGCCUCUAAAUCACUUUGAAAAAGCAUCCAAUAACUGCCAACAAUACUUCAUUUAUGUUACGUAACCUGUAUAAUAACCAGGCUGUAGCCACAUUGUUAUUGUAAGAGCGAAGACUGAGGACCUCUUUUUCUAGCAUAGUAACACAUCAUCUUGCGAUGACAUUAGCUGUAAGAUAGCAGCUGAAUGGCUUUUGAGUUUGUAAUGCACAAGACAAUACGAAAGGACACCAAUCUGUUCUGACUAAAAACCAUGAACUAUCAUAUAUCUGUAAAGUAUUAGCCCACAUUUCAUGUUUUUUUCUUGUAGAGAGCUAACUCGACAUAUCGUAUGUACUUGUAAAAACAGGCCUGAUGCAUAUAUUAUGAUCAAUAUUACAGUGACUCACUCGACGGACAGUUGUGCAUUUGGUCCAGCUGGCCAGGGACAUUUUUUUCUCUUUUAGUAUGGGUAAGCACUCCAUUUAUUUAUGUCAGCAUAGCUUGACUCAGAGUUCCACAUGUGCAGCAGCAAGUCACGCCGACCUCACUCUCUCGGCUUCCGUAUGCUCCAAUGUUUUACUUUCUCUCUGUGCUCACUUUCAUAAGCAGCAGUUCAUUCUCAGAGACGGCGUGGAUCGGUUGUUUUUAAUGCAUUCUAAAUAUUAAAUAAGUUAGAUCAAAAGUCUGCUUACAAUAGAGCCGCUCUAUAUUUCUGCCUAUAAAGCCCUUAACAACAUCCAAACACCUCCAUUAAGAUUUUGUAUACACACUAUAAGUAUAUAUGUCAUAUGUCAUAUGUCAUAUGUCAUGGGCACAUUCAUAAUAACAUUUCAUAUUUACGCAUUUUAUCAUUUUAAGCAUACGCAGCGCAUUAAUUUUUAAAACGUAUCACAACCUUCUAAUUUUUUUCCUUCAUCACUGAUUAAUACUCACUGCUGACUUCAUGAGAGCCAACAAACAUAAUUAAAAAUCACUUACUCUACAAGGUCUGCUGUCAUUCGGAUGCCAACUACUAGGAUGGUCACAUAUUCCUUUUUAGAUGAAGAAUGACUCAUAAUCCUUGUGAAGGAAGGGGGAGAAGAGAGACCAAGCGUUUUUUUCGUGUACUCUCUUUUCUUGGAUCUAAAUUGAAUGUCAAAGUUUAACAUCUUGUCGAAAUAUGUCCUCAGCCUUCUUAUUUCAGGUGAGAGGCAUGAUGUAUGAUCUAUAAUAAACUUACAAGGAGCAGGGAAGUGAAAAAACAACAAACCACAUUCCCGUUGUUGUGUUCACACUAAAAAAAAGCCACGGAUGUAGCGUACUGCUCGGUUGUUGAUGGAAAAGCUAAAUGUCAUUAAAACAGUUAGCUCCCUCUUUUGACACUCCUAUUUCGACUCCUGUCCUUACACGGUACAUUGGUGACGCCGACGUCUGUCCUGCUGAAGUUUCCAGGACUGAACAGCAGAUCGAACAACAUGACAUGGCAAAUUCUGCCAUUGCCUGAGUUUUGGGAGUCGUCUGCGACAACGUGGUUCACACAGGCUGAGGCUUAGUUAGCCCUCUUUGGUAUUAUGGACGAUGCCGCGCGUUAUUACCACGUCGUGUCGGCACUCGAUAGUGCCCCAGCAGCCAUAGCAGUAAGAUUCAUUACAUUCUCUCCUGCCCAGGACUAAUAUGUGGGUUUCAAAGCUUACCUCCUCAACAUUAUUUAACUGUCACGGUCAGAAUGAGCCUCACCUCUUCUUGCUAUUCAGGGCAUGGGAGACAGCAAACCCUCUGAACACAUGGAGAUGAUGUUGAACCUGCUGUGUACAGAAAAGCUGAAUUACCUCUUCAUAGAGUUGUUUUUGUGACACAUGCCACGACACGUCCAGACCGCGCUUGCUAAUACAGCUAUUACUCAGCCACGUGCAUUGGCAGAGGAAGCGGACCAAUUCUUCCUGGCCAACCAGCGCUUCACCCCUGACGUGGAGUCACGUGCCCACAGCCGCCUGUGUGCACCCGGGCAGGGGGAACACUGGCAUCAACAGUCGUGCCAGCCCUGGUUUGUACUACUUUCACGCACGUCCACCGGCCCCAGAAGCCCCAGUCGCUCUCACCACGGAUGCGUCCUCUGCUGGAGCAAUGGGUCGAUGGUGCCUGGCACCAGCUUACCUUCAUCAGCCGUCAGCUGGUUCCCAGGAAGCGUGGUUCUUUCCACUCGAGCCUGUGAUACAGUGAACACUUACCAAGAUAAAUAUGAUCUUCCACCCAUGCGUCAACCGCCAUCCAAUCAAAAUAUAUAUGAUGUGCCUCCAACCCGGGAUCAAUACAAUACACAGGUUUAUGAUUUCCCACCCACAGUCAUUAGAGAUGAUCCUGACACUCAUCAAAUGAAAGAUGAAACCUACGAUGUGCCAUCCCAUUUAAGCAGAAAACAAACCCAAGGCUUCACUCCAGAAUAUGGCCAAAAUAUGGCCAGUCGUCCUAAUGAUGACAUCCAAGACAAUCCAAUCCCUGAGGAUGUGUAUGAUGUCCCACCUCCAUUGCUGAGCAACAAACAUUUAUAUGCAGACAGUAUCAAAGUCAGCAAGCGGGCUGAGGAUAUCUACGACAUUCCAGUUAGCCUGCGCACUGGCAGUCACCCCACCCGGGGUGUUUAUGACUUCCCAAGAGAGCAAGAGGAGAAGGGAAGGCAGAGGGAGGACAUGUGUGUCUAUGAUGUCCCACCACAGGUGAUCCGUGAGGCCCAGGUAACUAGUGAAGAGCCCCACACCGCCUUCAAGCGACACUCAGCCUCAAGCACAGGGAGCAACAACUCUGCUUCAUCCUCAGACAUGCUCUGUGACACAGAGUCAUCAGCCCCCAGCUUCUUUGCAGCAAAACCCCUUCUGUUGGACCUGGAGAAAGCCAUGGAGCGCCUUUCCCGUCUUCAACAAGCUGUGGACUUAAGUGUUUCUAUGAUGAUGUCAAUCAUUACAAACAACUGGCGUAGUCCUGAUAAGCUGGAGGGGAAUCUUCCUGCCAUUCACCAGGCUGCUGAUGGAGUGUGCGCCACUCUGCGAGACUUUCUAGAAUUUUCUCACGGUGCUGUGGCAAAUGCCGGCCAAGCCACAGACCGCUCCUUACAGACCAAAUUGGCCCAACAGGUGGGUAAAUUGGAGGAGGUCUUUCAGAGUGUAACUAUGCAGACUCAGAGUUUAGAUACCGUUUCUUGGACAGACCUCAUCAAAUCACAACCAGGUGGAGAUGUCUUAGAUCAACUAAUCAUAACAGCCCGUGGGAUUCCAGAAGACACCAAACAGCUCACUUCUUUUCUGCAUGGCAACGCCUCUUUGCUUUUCAAACGGAGCCACCAGCCACAGCUUCCUCCAUUGCCAGGACAGAUAAGCAGUCACAUGACAGGAAGUGGGAGCUAUCAAGCAGGAGAGAGGAUCAACAUUCAGUCACGGCCAUUACCGCCACCACCAAAGUUUGCAGCUGCUGAGGAAGACACUGUUGUAGACGACUCUUAUGAGAGCACAGAAGGAUGGAUGGAGGACUAUGACUACGUUCAUCUACAGAUGAAACAGUCAGAGCGGCAGGAAGCUGGCCGACCAAACAACAAGGACGUGACUGGACAGGACAACACCUCUUCCAAGCUGUGCCUUGCUGACCGCCAACUCCUCCUUUUUUAUCUGGAGCAGUCAGAGCGGAACUUUGCAAGCGUGAACGACGCCAUCGCCGCCUUCUCCGCCACAGUUAACUCCAACCAGCCGCCCAAGAUCUUUGUCGCGCACAGCAAGUUGCUCAUCAUCGCCACUUACAAGCUGGUUUUCAUCGGGGACACGCUCUCCCGUCAGGCCAAGUCACCUCGGGUGCAAGCCCAGAUAGGUCAGAACAGCAGCACACUCUGUAAUAAACUCAAAGACUUUGUCAUCAGUACCAAGGCGGCAUCACUCCAGUACCCGUCACCAGGAGCUUCCCGGGAGAUGAGUGAGAGGGUGAAGGAGCUGGCAGGAUGUACACACACAUUCAAAAAGGUUCUUGGACAGUUGGCGAUGGUUUAAUUGGCCAGGAGGAUACAUGUGAUUGACAGAACAAAGGAACCUACCUAAUGUACACCAGAGUGAUGUAUAUUGGUGUACUAUGACUACUACUACUACUACUACUAUUAUCUGUACUAUUGUGUACACCUUUCCCUGGGCACGUUUUAAUUGCAGAUGGACAAUAUCAAUACUUUCAGUGGGCUUAAAUGUGAUUAUUAUGACGUCUAAAAUAUGUAUAUUUUUUGUAAAGAAGUAAUGCACCUUUUUUUUAAAGCCUCACCAUGUUGGAAAGGUUUUCUUCCAUAAGAAAAGUUGCCCAGACCAUACUUAUCUCUUUUUUGUGCUGCUAUAUGAGAUAUAUAAUUAUAAUAUGUAAUCAUUUUGGAAUGUUUGUACAAUUAACAUGAAUGUGUGUACAGUGACUGGAAACAGAUGCACUUUUGCUUGUUUAGUUUAGUAUGUGCGAAGAGUCAGGAGGAAAUACACUGCUAUACAGUCGUCCCGCACUACAAAUAUUGUGGCAUUAUCACAUCGCAAAUUGUUUUCAAGCAUAUUCUCCAAUUUCAAGCAUCGAAGUAGCGAAAUAAACCUAAAAUAACAAUACGUAAGUAGCAUUAGCCACUAUAGUAGACCAGAACCAAUCAGAGCGUACUGCUUAGUAUUGUGGCCACUCAUUGGCUGAGCCUUAGGCAGCAUUGCUAUUGUGGAUUAAGAGUGAAAAGGUGACUAAAUGUUGUUUCAUGUCUAGAAGGCUCUCACAAUGCAAAAACGCCUUUAGAAGGUCGUAAACAGGUUUUUUAUGCUUGAGACAUGAAAAUAUUGAAUUUAUGAAUAAUGAAUGCUACUUUGCUAAAAUGAAUUGGUUCGAAACCAAUUAACAGCAAUAAACGAGGGACGACUGUACUUACCCAAUCUUGUAAAAAAAAGUGGUUUGAUGACAUUUCUUCUCUGGUCUGGGUUCUUGGUCGGUCAUUCCAAAUCAUUCACUGUCUUUUGGGGAACUCGUUCUUUUGUUCAUUUUAAUAUUUCAGACCUAAAGCUCAAGGUAAAGCUAAAUAAAACCACCAUACAGGUAUGGUUUGCAUAUUAAGGUUGUAGUCAUGGUUGGAUACUUACCAGUGCUCACAUGGAAGUCAAAUAUGUUUGUAUAAUUUAAUAAUCAACAACUAGAAGUCAUUUGGGAAGUUUUUGGGGCCUUACAGGCAAACAUGGGUUUACCUUCUGCCAUCUUGUGGAACAGCAUUGAAUUGCCUGUCACUAUACGUCACUGGCAGACAAAACAACAACAAAAAAGUAUAUUAAGGAUCAUUUUCAAACAAAUUACGUGGAAUUACACCCAAUGAUGACAGUAGUUGGGAAUCCCUCCAUUAGACACUUAACCAUCAUUGCAACUAAUAAUUAACUAUCAAAACUGACAUACUUUAAAAUGAAAUGACAUACAUUAUAAGGAAUCAUUAAGAAAGUUGUGUAGUUCGUAUAAUUUUACACUUUUUCUGUAGUUGUCAGUCAAAUGUUUUAUAUUUUAAGGGAGGGAAUGUGUGGGAAUUGGGUUAGAUUUGGUCCACAGUUUUAAAGAAGAAAAGAAAAAAACAAGGUGAAGUUAGAAGUGCUGGACUAAUUUAGGACCUUUCUGCCAGAGGAUUCCAAGGAGUAGACUGGCCUAUAUUUCAAGAUAUUGAUCGUUAUGUUUAUAUCUAUUCAACUGUAAAUGUCACCAUAUUUUAUAAUUGAUUGCAUCAUUAUUGAACAAGAUGUUUCAAUGUCUGUUUUAAUCCACUUAAGAACAUUAUGAAUAGGCAACGUCUCUCCAACCUACAGCCUUCCCUUGAUUAUCACUCUUAAUUGCUUGCAGACAUGACUGCAAUAAUUAAUUUCCACCAAGUACUAAUAAUUUAUUGUAAAUCAAAUAUCAUAGCCAAAGAAUAAAAAACACUUUAUGACCUUCAACAUAAAUGUUUCAUGAAAACCCCUACAAACAGAAAAUACCUUUAAAGUGGAUUCCCCUGUCCAAUCCAAUAUAGUAAUGCUGGCUGAGGCUGAGCCAAUCAGUGCCUACGAUACUGAACAGCGAGCUCUGAUGUUGUAUCAUGGCCAAAGACUACUGAUGUCUUGGUAUUUUGUUAUUUUACUCAUUUUUAUGUUUGAAAAUGCUUAAUUUAGGACCAAAAAAUUUGGAAUAUGCUUUUACAAAAUAAAGUGGCGGGACGUGCGUUUCCCACCUCAGCCUUUAA